AGGCGACGGGACAGGACGGGACAGAGCGGUGCUGUGAGGAGCCCCCGCACAGCGCACUCGUUCGUGUCCGACCCGGAGCUUUUUCCAGACGCUGUUCCUGCAGCUGGCCUUGCGGCCAGACUGUGGCAUUUGGUGACUCGGAUCUUUUCCAAGACAUCUAUCCCUGUGGCCUGUGCACUCCAGGCCAGACCGCGGGAUUUGGUGACCUGAAUCGUUGUUGAGGAGUCUCCUGUGAUUUUGGCAGGAGUCCUCAAGACCAAAGUGCAGGUCUUGCUGCUUGCUGUCCUGCUGCCUUCCUGAGGCUUCUCUCUUGCUGGUGCUUUCAGCAACUGCAAGACUUGUUGACUUGGCAAUAUCCUGAGGAACCUCUAUUUAAGGUGCCCUCUAGGCCAGACUCUGACAUGGCAGGCAGAUUCCUUGGCUUGUUCAAAGUGCUCAGGGGGAAAAAAAACAAAGGCCCUGGAGCUGCCCCAGCAGAACAGCCUGAAGAGCCGGAGCAGAUCCAGACACUGCAGGAUGAUGCAGCCGUGGAGCGCACACAAGAGCAGCAAUCCAGCCGUGGCCGCUUCCACAGAACCCUGAAGAUGUUCCGGAAGUUUCUGCGAGUUCAGCGCAGAGAGACCGGGACCAGUGCAGCUGAGGGCCCAGCUGAGCCUGACUCGGGGCUGACCGAGCUCCAGGCAGAGCCUGAUUUCAGCCUGGAUUCAGCUGAGCACUUUCAAGACUCUGACACCAUAAUGAAUGAGGACACAGCAAACGGAGACAAGGCAGUGACUGAGGACGUGGCCAUGACAAAUGCCAACACUGGAGAGACUGAAGCCACAGCAAAUCCUGACACCACGCCCACUCCAACUCUGAUCGAGGAAUUAAUACCAGAGUAUUUCAGGGACCCUUGUUUUUCGUCUCAGGAGCAGCUAAGCAGGCUGGGAUCAGGCCUAGAGGUCUCCCAGGACUUUGUGCCCCCUCAAGCCGUGAUCACUGGGGCCCCUCAGCCUUUGAGGCCAGCACAGUGUGGCGGGAAGGGAAGCUGGGGAAGUUGCUCCCUUGAAGAGCGCUCCAAGUUUCCCCCAGGUGUCCUCCAGGUGCCAGCCAUUGUAAGGAACAUCCACCAGAGGCUGGUGUCCCAUGACACUGUGGAUGCCAGGCUGAAAAUUGACAUUGUGAGGCUGGCUGAAGAACAUCCUGUUGAUGUGGUGCUGACCCUCCUGCGCUGUGCCCCAACGUGUGACAGAGCUGCUGCAAUGAUGUGGAGAGCCAUUGCUUCGUCAAGACUAACAAUGGAGAAAGUGCUGCCAACACUGGUCCGUGUAAUGGAGGAUUGGCCUCUGAGCAAAAUGUGCACCUCCGAUGGGGACAAUCAGGAUGUUUUUGCCCUGGCUGCAACUCUGGUGAUCUGGGUGAUUGUCCAGGUGCCUCUGUACCAUGAGACAAGGAUUCAUUCUUUCUACCCUCUGUUUACGGCUCUGCUCUUCCACGUUGUCAUCACCACACAGCAGAUGCCACCAGAGGAAGUUGAAAACUUCUGGAGAGCAUGCCAGGAGGAAAAUCGCCUUCCCUGCAGGCCCAACAGGUUUGCAGUGCAGGCCAUGAAGGCUCUGCUCUACCGACUGCAGUGUGACCAGGAGGUGAUGGAUAUGGAGCGUAAGUGUGGCUGGGACACGCUGCUGACUGCUCACACCCAGCACUAUGCCGUGGGUCUGCUGGCCAGGGAGAUGCGCCAUGUCUUGACCUCCAUGUGUUCCCAUGUCGCAUACCGCCUUCUCCUCGUGCUCAGCUGUGAAAAGCCAAGGUGGGAUCUGCCCUUCCUGGCAUUCCUUGUGGAGGUCCUCCAGUGCCUGGACUUGAGUAAAUGUGCUCACACUGUCCUGAAGAUCAUGUCAAGUUGCCUGCACAGCAAGUGCAGGGAGAGGCGUCGCCUGGCACUCAGAGGCCUCGUGGUGCUCAGCAAGGAUCCCUCAACGGCCAGACCUAUACGCAGCGUGUCUCGAAGACUUCUGGAGCUGCUGGGUGAUGCAGAUGGACAGGUGGUCAGCAUGUCCCUCUCUCUGUUGAAGAAGAUGCUCCAGAAAAAACAUCUCAUGAUAUCCAGCACUUCUGCCCCAAAGCUAGCUGAGGCACUCCUGCCACUCUUUGACCGUGACAACAGCCAUCUGCAGCUGCUCUCCAUUUCCCUCUUCUGCAAGGUGAUGGAAUUGGUAGUGGAAGAGGGUAAAAAGCCCCUGAAGAGAAUUGUGAGCCAGAGCCUGCUCCCACUCUUCUUGCACUGCCAUGAGGAGAACCAGCAUGUGGCAGAGGCCUCUAUGAAAACGCUGUAUUGUGCGGCUGGCUUCUUGGAGAAGACGGAUCUCCAGAGGGUUCUGAAGACAGAGCAGCCAUUGAAAAUUGAUGAGUGCCUGCUGCUAGAGGACAGGAGACAAGCGAGCGAGCGCAUGCAAUGGGCCCUGCGGUUCCUGGAUAGCCCACAGGAGUCCCCGCGAGAGACGGCCUUCAGGAUCAUCGGGAUGCCGCGCGCUACCUGUCGAGGAAGAGGGAAGAGCUCCAGUUCCACAGUCAGGGACAGCCGUGUCCCGCCCGCAGGGAAGGCACAGGAGGCCCUGCAGGAGCGCUACCGCCUGGGUUCCCUGCUGGGGCGCGGAGGAUUUGGCAGCGUCUGGUCAGCGACGCGGCUCUUGGACGGUGCCCCGGUGGCCAUCAAACGCGUGCCGCGGGAUCGCAUCAGGCACUGGAGCGAGCUGCCCGACGGCACCAGCGCGCCCCUGGAGAUCGUGCUGCUGGCCAAGGUGUCCUGUGGCUGUGCUGGUGUCAUUCAGCUCCUGGAGUGGCUUGAGCUCCCCGACAGCUUCUUGAUGGUGCUGGAGCGUCCAGAACGGUGCCAGGAGCUGUCGGAUUUCCUGGCGGAGCGGAGGUUCCUGCCGGAGGAGGAGGCGCGGGGGCUGUUCCGUCAGGUGCUGGAGGCCGUGCGGCACUGCACCAGCUGCGGGGUCCUGCACAGGGACAUCAAGCCCGAGAACAUCGUGCUUGACCUGGCCAGCGGGCAGCUGAAACUGAUCGACUUUGGCUGUGGCGCUUUCCUCCAAGACACAGCCUACACCCAGUUUGCAGGAACCCUGGCCUACAGCCCUCCAGAGUGGACCCAGCACCAAAGCUACCAUGGCGAGGCAGCGACGAUCUGGUCCCUGGGCCUCCUGCUGUAUCAGCUGGUCGUGGGGAAGCACCCGUUCAGGAGGGGCCAGGAGAUCAUCUGGGGGCGCAUCUUGUUCCCACCACGGCUCUCUCAAGAAUGCCAAGAUGUCAUUAAGAGGUGUUUGUCCAUGCAACCCUCGGACAGGCCAUCAUUAGAAGAGCUUUUCUGCCAUCCUUGGGUGCAGGGCGCUCCUCGGCCCUAGAAGAUGGGAGAGAUCCAUGUGCACAGUUGGAUCCAGGGGCCUGGCAGGUAGGAGCUCCACACAUUUCUUGGCACUCAGUGGCAAAGCAAACCAGACUGGUUUUGUCCUGCCUGUAGCUCUGAGCAGGGGUCAGCAGAAGGGAACAUGCAGCUCUUGGGCUGGAGCUGAGCUGGAGAUCUGGUGUGGCAAGCACUGGUGGCCACCAUCCCCCCUGGUUUUGCUUGUCUGGUUCAUGGAUGGCUGGGGCCCUGGGCAGAGCCCUGACAGCCUGGUCUGGUCCCAGGGAAGGAGAAGGAGCUCCUGGAGAAGCUGUACCAGGUGGGGCUGCUGCUGGAGACAGCAAGGACAACCUCAAGGACGACAAUCUCUUCCUUGGCCUGGCCAGCUGAAGAUGAUGGACUUGGAUUCUGGCAGCUUCUCUAAAGACACACUCCACACCCAAUUUGCAGGUGAGUUCCACAGCCAGGGGGAUGCUCCCAGAUCUGGGCAUGGCAUGGCCUGGCUGGGCACCAAAGGUUUCCCCCUUUGCUGGGAGGGAUGCAACAAAU